AUGUCUCAGAGCCCACCUACCAGAGGCUUGUUCAUCAAGUGCAGUGUGUGGUGUAUAGGAUGCCGCUCUUUUCAUCAUCCUAGCCUUCACAAGGAAUCUUCAGUGAAAAUAGUUUCGUUAUCUUCACGUAUGAAUACACAUCAUAACAAGGAAGCACGAAUUCUUUUCCGAGUAUUACCAGUUACCCUACAUGGAAAAGGCGUUCAAAUAUCAACAUUCGCUUUUUUUGAUGAAGGGUCAUCAUUGACAUUAAUCGAUGAGAGUUUGAUGAAGGACUUGAACCUCAAGGUACAGUCAAUUGAUGUGAAUUUGUUGCAGAAUCACCACAAGCACUUGAGAGGUCUUCCUAUAAAAUCGUAUACAAAUGCUGAACCAAAACUUCUCAUCGGACUUAACAACUGUCAACUUGGAGUAAGUCUAAAGUCUAAAGAAGGUGAAAGCUAUGAACCAGUAGCAGAAAAAACACGUUUGGGCUGGACAUUAAAAGGUCAAUCAGGUAAUAGUCUAUCUUCUGAAAGUACCAUGACCCACCACGUGUUUCAAAUGUGCGACUGUGAAAUUUCCGAAAAUAGUGAGCUGCUCGAGAUUGUAAAAAACUACAUUUGCUUGGACAACUUAGAUGUUGAUUGCAAUAAGGAUUUGCUUGUGUCAAGAGAGGACCAAUACGCUUACGACCAGCUGCAGAAGAUUACUCAAAAAAUAGAAAACCGAUAUCAGACUGGUUUACUCUGGAAACAUGCCAACAUGCCUCACCCAGACAGUUUCCCAAUGGCGCUAAGACGAGCCAAGUGCUUACAAGCAAAAAUGUUAAGAAAUCCGGAUUUAGGUUGCACGCUGCAAUCUAAAAUCGAAGAUUACGUAGCCAAGGGAUAUGCAAGAAAAUUGAACCCGUGUGAAGUUGAAACAAAAAAAUGUUGGUACUUACCCAUAUUUCCGGUGAUUAAUCUAAAUAAACCCGGAAAAAUAAGACUUGUGUGGGAUGCUGCAGCUAAAGUUGAUGGUGUAUCCUUAAAUAGUAUGCUUUUGAAAGGUCCGGACCAUCUAAUACCUAUGGUAUCUGCGAUUCGAAAAUUUCGUCAAAGGAAAGUCGCAAUUGGAGGAGAUAUAGCUGAGAUGUACCACCAGGUAAGAAUUCGCGCAGAAGAUCAAAAUUAUCAACGUUUUCUUUGGUUUGAGCCAGGUGCUCUAAAACCAUCAGUCUAUGUAAUGUUGGUAAUGACCUUUGGGUCAACUUGUUCGCCAAGCUGUGCUGAAUACAUUAAAAACCUUAAUGCUAAAGAGUUCCAAGAUCGUUUUCCUAGAGCAGUUCAAAGUAUUUUGCAUAACCAUUAUGUAGAUGACAUGUUGGACAGUGUUGAUAGUGAAGAGGAAGCAAUUCAACUCGCACGUGAUGUCCACUACGUUCACUCGCAAGGUGGGUUUCAAAUCCGGAACUGGGUAUCAAACUCUAAGACGGUCUUAAGUGCACUCAACACAAAAUCUGUCGAUACAAUUAACUUAAGUUCUGAAAGAGAACUUGCCACAGAAAAGGUGCUUGGGAUGUGGUGGUCAACAUCUGAUGACAGUUUCGUUUUUAAAAUUUCAAAUCGUUACAAAAACGAGGAUGUGCUUCGAGGCGAAAAAAGGCCUACUAAAAGAGAGGUUCUCAGUUUAUUAAUGACAAUUUUUGAUCCCUUAGGUCUCCUUGCAUUCUAUGUUAUGUACGCCAAAAUAAUUUUUCAAGAAAUAUGGCGUUCUGGAUGUUCAUGGGACGAGUUCAUUCACGAUAAAGAGUAUUCAAAGUGGUUACACUGGAUUCGAUUGUUACCUGAGGUGACAGCUAUGAAAAUACCAAGAUGUUACGUAAGAGCUGAUUUCAAACAUUUUCCAGAGUUUGAGAUUCACACGUUUGUGGAUGCCAGUGAAGAUGGAUAUGCUGCUGUGAGUUACCUGAGAAGUACCGAUGGAGAUCUGGUCGACUGCGUUUUGCUAGGAUGUAAAACUCGAGUAGCCCCUAUAAAACUGAUGUCAAUUCCUCGGUUAGAGCUUCAAGCAGCCGUCAUCGGAGCUCGAUUAGCCAAGAGCCUUCUAGCUACCCAUUCAAUUCAAAUAUCUAAACUAACUUUCUGGUCAGAUUCGGGCACCGUACUAUCUUGGCUUCAUUCGGAUCACCGUCGCUACAAGCAGUUUGUAGCUUUUCGCAUCAGCGAGAUACUCGAGUUGACGGAAUUAUCUGACUGGCGAUGGAUUCCAACGUCAGAAAACGUAGCUGACGAAGCAACGAAGUGGCAACGGAUUCCUGAUUUUUCAAAAGAUAGUCGAUGGUUAAAUGGACCAUCUUUCUUAAAACUUAAUUCAAGUGACUGGCCAAAAGAAGAUUACAAAAGUAAAACAACAGAUGAGGAACUUCGCGCCCAAUAUAUGGGAUAUCAUAGGAAAGAAAGUCUGGCUGGUGAGUGUUCUAUUGCUAUUGAACCCGAACGCUUCUCUUCCUGGAAAGCAUUGCUAAAGGUUAUGUCAAAAGUCAUCAACUAUGCUCGAUUUUGGAAAGAAAGGGUCUUUGAAGAAAAAUUAAAAUCAAAACAUAAUUCGAAACUUCAAGUUGGUGUUGUUAAACGUAAACCUGUCUCGCAAAACGAAAUUCAACAUGCUGAGAUAAUUUUGUGCAAAAAAGCACAAUGUGAUGAAUUCAUGGAUGAAAUCUUGGUGCUAUCGAAAGGAAAUGCCAUUAAGAGAUUAAGCCCCAUCUAUAAGCUAUCACCCUACUUGGAUUAUAAUGGCUUACUUCGACUUAGUGGAAGAGUGGCCCUCGAGAACAGAGAUGAUCCUAUCAUAUUGCCUAAGUAUCACUAUAUUACACAACUAAUUCUUCUUGAUUAUCAUUUAAGGUACCAUCACUGUAAUAACGAAACAGUUGUGAAUGAAGUACGGCAAAAAUAUUGGAUUCCACGUCUCAGAGUUAUUCUCCACAAAACUCGACGAGAUCAUUGUCAAUACUGCAAGAAUCAAAGUGCUCGACCAUCUCCUCCAAAAAUGUCAUGUCUCCCACAGACACGCCUUGCUUCAUAUUGCCGCCCUUUUACAUAUGCUGGUGUAGACUAUUUUGGCCCUUUACCUGUCUCUGUACGACGCAGCAGUGAAAAAAGGUAUGGAGUGUUAAUAACGUGUUUGACAACAAGGGCAAUCCACAUAGAGGUUGCCUAUUCGUUAUCGACAGACUCCUGCAUAAUGGCCAUUCGCAACUUCAUGGCCAGACGUGGGUCUCCUAUUGAACAAUGGAGCGACAAUGGCACAAACUUCAAAGGUGUGGAGCGUGAAUUGAGAGAAGCUUUCGAACUGGUUGAUAAAAACAAAAUAACGAGUGCGUUUACGAGCUCUUCAAUGAAAUGGCGUUUUAUACCACCCAGCUCACCACAUAUGGGAGGAGCCUGGGAGCGUUUGGUGCGUUCCGUUAAGGAUGUACUUUAUAAAAUUUUACCAUCACGCAAUCCUAAUGAUGAGCUCUUACGUAGUUCUUUAAUGGAAGUGGAGAUGAUUGUGAAUUCUAGACCACUUACACACAUUCCAAUUGAUCAUGAAGAAGAGGAAUCCCUGACUCCUAACCACUUUCUGCUUGGCAGUUCUAGUGGUAUUAAGCCAAUAAUUGAAGGUGUAAGCGAGGGUGUGCAACUCCGAAGAAAUUGGCAAACCGCUCAACAACUUGCAAAUUCAUUUUGGAAAAGAUGGCUACGUGAAUAUCUACCCGUUAUAACUCGACGUUGCAAAUGGUUUGAUGAAGUAAAACCAAUUGAAGUAGAUGACAUCGUACUCAUUGUUGAUCCCGAUAGUCCUAGAUUCUGUUGGCCAAAAGGAAGAAUCAUUGCUACUAAAGUCGGCGCUGACGGUAGAGUGAGAAGUGCGUUGGUUAAAACUGUUGCUGGUAUAUACGAGAUGCCAGCUACGAAAAUUGCGGUGCUUGAUGUUCGUCGGCUCAAAGAACGAGACAUAGUAGGACCUCAAAAGGACAUACUGGGGGGGAGUGUUGCGACAGAUCUGGCAACGCCUUUGCCUAACAUCCAAACGCACCCCAAUCCACCUGUCAAUCAGUAUUUUAAUUCAAUUAAUGUUACUCACGAGGCCAACUAA